UCUGCUCGGAGGUUCCUUUGCUCGUUUUGCCUCUCAUGGCGGAGCGCGAUGCGAAAGCGAGAAAGGUACAGGUCACCGUCGAGGUGCGCGCUGUGAGCGGAAGUUGCUUGGGCAUCCUGGAGAUGUCCACGAACAACACCAUUGCGGAUGUGAAGGCCAAGCUUCAAGCAGGAACUGCUGGCCGAUACGACUUGGCUUCAUCUCAAGGCCACGUCAUCCCGGAGACCACGGAUCUGGUGAGCCUCCAGGGGAGCGAAGCGGGCCAUGUCCUGCUUUGCCUAGUCUGGCGACGCCUGGGUUUCGCCUAUACCGCCGACCUCAACGGGGUCUUGACUUUGUGGGACCUCGCCCAGCGAGAAGUGGUGCACCGCUUGCAGUGCUCCUUGUGCCAACCGGCGUGUCCCACCUGCCUGUUUGCUGACUGGGAACGCCAACGAGUGCUUUGUUGCUUGGAGGAUGGCACACUCUAUUUGUGGGGCUCAACGGAAAUCGAUGGCUCACCUCACUUGUUGCGAAUCAUGCAGGAGGAGAACACGGAUCGACCUGGCAUCAGUUCCAAAGAGGCUGUGGCCAUCAGUUGGUCGAAAGGGGCUGUCCUUCUUGGCACGAUGUCGGGGCGCCUUCUUCUUUGGAACCUGGAAUCUGGCAAGAUCUUGAAGAUCUUUCGAGGCCACCGAAGUUGUGUAGAUGUGGUAAGGGUCUCUUGGAAGACCUCACAAGCGCUCAGUGCCUGCCGAGACCGGGUGAUCCGCAACUGGAGAAUGGAGACCGGAGAGUGCACCCUUCUGCGUGGCCAUACCAGUUCGGUGUGUUGCCUUUUGGUGAACUGGGAGCUCAGGCGGGUGGUGAGCGCCGGGUUGAUGGACGGCCUCCGGCUUUGGACCCUGGAUUCGCGGCAGUGCCUGUCGCAGGUGAGCCCAGCUGAAGGUCCACUUGGACCUGCCGAGACGAGAGUCAUUUGCUGCGAUGUCGACUGGCAGCAUGAGAAGGCAGUCACUGGAUCAGGAAGUGGGCUCUUGGCACUCUGGGAUCUCAACUUGUUGAAGGUGCUUUGGCGCCGCGAUGGACACGGACACGGUGUUCAUGCCGCGGACCCGGCGCGUUGGUCUUGGGCUUUUUCCACCAUCGGGUCUCGGUUCCGCCAGGUCUCCUUGCAGCCGGGAGGCCAAAGGUGCCUCAGCGCUACAGAGUCUUCAGUUUGCAUUUGGGAUCAAGCUGGCGAGUUGCAAUGCCGAAUUCCAGGAGUCUACGAGCAAGCCUGCCUGGUGCUGGACUGGCAGAGUCUUUGGCUCUUUUGUGCCUCAGAUGCGGUUUGGCUCUACGACAUGCAGGAAUUGAAGGAGGCCAAGGUCCUUUGUGAACUCCGAGGGGAGCAUGGAGUGAGCUUGAGUUGUGGGGCUGUGGAGUGGCCACAUGCCAUUCACCUUUGAUGCAGCAAUGGUCCUGCCACAUUUCACAGCUGAGAGCGGGAGAUGGUUUUGAAGGACUGCAGAAUGUUUCCCUUGAGUUGAUUUGGGAGUAUCAAUUCGUUGGAUCAGGAUUGGCCGCUGAAAUGCAGUGUGCCUUUCGUUUGUGCGGCUUCAUUUGUGCAAGCCAGAGAGGAA